AUGCCAUACCGCUUUGAAAUUGCCGCCCAGGGCCGUGCUGUUUGCAAAGCCCCCGACUGUGCCAAAGAGAAGGUCAAGAUCGCCAAGGGUGAAUUCCGUGUCGGUACCUGGGUUGAUGGCCCAGGCUUCCAGAGCUGGUCCUGGCGCCACUGGGGUUGCUUUACCCCCAAGCAAAUUGUGAACGUCAAGAAGGACAUUACUGGGGACUCUGAUGAUCUUGAUUUCUCUCGCCUUGAUGGCUUCGAUGAGCUGAACGACGAGCUCCGAGCCAAGGUUCGCAAGGCCAUCGCAGAGGGUCAUAUCGAAGACGACGAGUGGAAAGGCGAUGUUGAAUGCAACCGCCCUGGACAUGUCGGCAUGCGUAUCAAGAAUGGCAAGGUCAAGGCCAAGGCCGAUGAGUCUGAGGAAGCUGAGCAGGAUUCUCCUGCCAAGAAGCAUGGUCUAACCGAUUCUGAGAAUGUGGACGAGGAGGCCACCAAGAAGAAGAAAACUCGUACCAAGAAAGCAACUGACAAUGAUCAUGCCAUCGCUGAUGCUGCCAUCGUUGAGACUGAGCCCAAGGUGGCCAAGAAGGCUGGUCGUCCCGCCAAGAAAGCUGCUGCUGAGACAGAGGUCGUGGCCGCGCCCAAGAAGCGCCCUGGUCUUCCUCCAAAGAAGGUUUCCGAUGGAGAGAGCCCUGAUUCCGAGAACAAGGCCAAGAUCGAGGUCAAGACCGAGGCCAAGAAGCGUGGCCGUGGUCGCCCCCCAAGAAGGUGUCCGAAGACGAAGAAGGCUUCGGAUGAAGAGACUCCCGAUGUUGAGACCAAGAACAAGGCCGAGCCCAAGAAACGUGGCCGUGGCCGUCCCUCCAAGAAGGUGUCUGAAGACGAAGGUGCGGAUGCUGAUACUGAGAUGCCUGCUGAACCAAAGAAGCCUGCUACUCGUGGAAGCAAGACCGCCGAGGACGAAAGUGCCUCCGCUGACAAUGAGCCAAAGGAGCCCACCAAGCGUGUCACUCGUGCCAAGAAGAUCCCCACCUCUGAGGCUAUUGCUGCCGACACUGAGUCCGACGAACUUGGCCCUGCCCAUGAGGAGCAGGCAAAGGACUCAGACGAGACAGCCACUGAGCCCAAGAAGCGCCCAACUCGUGCAACUCGCGCAACCCGUGUAACUCAUACCAAGAAGUCUAUUACCGGUACCAAGGCUGCCAAUGGCGGAAAUACCGAAAAUGAUUUGAAGCCUACCAAGGAAGCCAAGAGCAGCGAAUCGGAUGCCUCCAAGGAUGAUCAUGCCAAUGAAUCGACCGAGAAGCCCAAGCGUACCCGUGCUACCAACAAGACCAACGGCGACAACAGCACCUCCGGAACAAAGCCUAAGCAGACUCGCACUCGCAAGCCCGCUGCAAUCAAGCCUACCCAGGAACCUAGUGAGGAUGUUGCUGAAUCCUCCGAUGCUAUCAAAGGAAAGCCAAAGACCAAGGGUCGCAAUCCAGCUGCCGCGAAGGUCACCGAAGAUUCCGCUAACCAGGUUGAUGAGAAGCCUGCGGAGGCAUCAAUUGAACAGCCUACCAAUGGUACCGUCGUGAAGUCUGAGGAUGGUUCUGAGCAUGCUUCUUCCGAAGCUGCUGAUCCGCCCAUCGUCGACGCCGCUGAGAAGGCCGUUGAGGACGUUACCGAGGACCCCAUUGAGAACGGUGUUAAGGAGCCCAGCGAGUCUCCUCUGAAGCCAGUCAAGCACGAGAACACUGAUGAUGACGUCUAA